AUGACGAGGGGUGAUGAUGGGGAUGAUCAGGCAAAGGCUCUGCACACACUCAGACAAGCACCCAGGUCGUUAGAGACAAAAAACCAGGGAAAAGCCCCCGGGUCAGGCCCUCCAACGCUCAAGUCAGGUAAAAUUAACCUUAUGCUCCAUCUACCCCAACACACCGCCCAAUCCCAUUCCCUUCCCCUUCGCCGAUGUCGCCGGCACUCCCUCGCCGCCGCCGCCCUUCGUAUUUCUCCGCCAUCCCGCCACGGAAAAUCCCUCCAGAAUGCCUAUAUAAGGACUACAACGCUUCGCCCACUUACCUCGUCUCCCCGCAGCCAGCUCGGCGAAUCUGAAGAACGACUCUGGGGUCUUCGCCGCCUUAUCGACGCCUGCUCCGAUCUCAGAUCCCUGAGGCUCCUCCACAACGACAUCCUCCACCUCAAACUUGAGUCCCACGCCCCCAUCCCCGCGGCCCUGCUGGCGGCCUAUUUCCGAUGCGGGGCGCCUGAAGCCGCACGCCAGCUGUUCGAUAGGAUGCCUCACAAGGACGUCGUCAGCUGGACGCUCAGAAUCACCGAUUGUUGCAACAGGGGGCAGUUCGAGAUGGCGUUGGGCCAUUUUAGGGCGAUGAUGGAACAAGGAAUCUCCCCGGAUGAAGUCGCGUUGCUUACAAUCUCGUCGGCGGUGGCACGGUAUGGUCAGCCCCAGCACGGGUAUGAGGUUCACGCCCAUUUGGUGAGGAAAUUUGGUAGGCUGCGCAAAGCCACAGUGACUUCUCUUGUGAACAUGUAUUCGAAGAUCGGGAGAAUGGACUACGCAAGCCGAAUUGCUAAUGCAGCGGUCAAGAACAACGUUGCAGCAAUGACCGCAUUGAUGACUGGUCUGCUUAAAGUGGAUGAUGCUCACGGUGCAUUGAUAGUGUACCAGGAAAUGAUGGAUUCAGGGAUAGAACCAAAAGAAAAGACCAUAACUUGUGCCAUUAGGGCUGCCUCAAAGUUGGGAUUACUUAAGCUCGGGACUCAAAUUCAUGGCCGUGCACUAAAGAAGAAGAUUGAAAUGGAUGAUCACCUACUCAGCUGCUUGAUCGACAUGUACAGUCUUUGCGGGGCUCCCACCCAUUUGUGCCGGCAAUUGUUUGAUCAAAUGUCUGUUAAAAAUGUAGUGUUAUACACCGCGAUGAUAUCUGCCUAUGGAAGACAAGGCGAGGGGCACAGUUCACUUCAGCUUUUCAAUGACAUGAGAGCAGCUGGUGUUCUACUAGACUCUGUUGCAUUUACCGCGAUCCUCUCGGCUUGUAGCUCAUCUGGGUUUUUGCGCGAAGGGUUGAAGUGUUUCAAUUCUAUGGUUGCGGAAUAUGGAAUUAGACCAAGGGAAGAACAUUAUGCUUGUAUCAGGGGCUUACUAGCAAAGAGUGGAAAGCUGGAGCAAGCAUAUGUGGUGAUAGAGCAUAUGAACUUGAAAGAUGACAGAGGCAUUUGGGAGGUUUAUUUGGAUGUUGCCAGGAUUCAUGGAGAUGUGGGGUGUGCUGAAAUUGCUUCAAGAAAGCUUUUGGAGAUAGAAACGGGGUAA